AUGUCAGCCCCUGCCAAAUCUCGAUGGGCAGACGAUAACCCGGAGACAGAGGCCGAACUCCAGCGGCGCAAGCAGGAGAAGGAGGCAAAGAAGCGCGCAAAGGCAGAGCGACAGCGACUCAUCGCCGAAAGGCAGCAGCAACAACAACAACAAACACAACAAUCGACGGAGCCCAGUGAUAAACAACCGGAUAAGCCAGAAAAUGGAAGUGAACCGCCUUCUAAACGACGCCGGCUGUCUAAUGAAACAUCCGAAGAUGCUGGCGUUGCACCACCGGCAAGGCUGCUGCAGUUUCCAGCGCCGGAAUGGGGCCCUUGCAGACACAUCGACAACUUCGAGAACCUGAAUGCGAUUGAAGAAGGAUCCUAUGGCUGGGUUUCGAGGGCCAAAGAGACGGCCACAGGCCAGAUCGUGGCCAUCAAGAAGCUCAAGAUGGAAAACGCGUACGAUGGAUUCCCCGUCACCGGCCUGCGCGAAAUUCAGACCCUGCUUGCCUCGAGACACCCGCACAUCAUCCAGCUGCGUGAAGUGGUCAUGGGCGACGCAAUGGACGAGUAA